CUAUUGCGACAAGCAAUGAUGCAAAGGUAAGCUUGCUCCGGACCCUUCCCUCGAGUUUUCAGUCUUCCGCUUCGGUCGUCGGCCGUUCCCGCCGCCUCCGUUGCAUGUUGUUCAGACCAUUGCCGCCAUGCUGCAGACUCCCGGACGGCCACUGCAAUUUUCAAAUGACCAGGAGCCGCUUCUAGAAGUCCAGGUACCUGCGGAGAAGAAAUAACAAUUUUUCUCCCGCUGGCGUCUGCAGCAGAGUCGGGCAGACCGGCGAAGCACAUCGUCAUUCUGCAUAAAUUUGUAUCGGGCCGACCGUGCCCACGAUUCACUGGAGCUGGUGGAGAAGGCCCAAUUGCAAACCAAAAGCCGGCAAUCAGAGUCAACAACCCUCGGACGCUUCUCCCAGCACUGCGACUGUUUUGACUGACAAUUUCUUUGCCUGCCCUUGACAAUUUAUGCACACCCAACGAGCUUGAUCCGUUUCAGAAAUUUUCAUCAUGGCAGACGCUAAUCGACUUCGUCCCACUAGUACUCGAGCACCGGACGAAGAUUCCGAUCAUGUUGGCUCGGGCGCGUCAACACCUCCCGGCGGUGUCUCAACGCCCCGUCCUGAUUUUACCGAUAAACGUCAGCCCGGAUUGGCCCACGCCUACUUUGCCCAGGUUUGUGAUUCCCUCCGUGCUCCCUUCACACCAUCCACCCACCCUGCCCGCCCCUCAGCCCUCUCGCGAACCCUCACACAUGGCUCGAGUCUGAACAUGGACCCCUCAUCACACCCCUCCGCCACGGCGUCUGUCGGUGCCCCUCCACCCACCGCUCCCAGUUCGCCCAAGAGCUCUUCUCGCGCUGGCAGUCAAGGGCCCCCACUGCUCUCCCACGAGCAAGGGGACUCGGCGCUGCCUUCAUAUCCCACACCGCCUCUAUCGUCGGCGUCUUCUCUCCACGGCCAGCAGGUUGACGGAGAUGGAUCCGCAGAGGUGCAGACUCCGGUCGAGAGGAGCAUCUCGGCAUCGCCAGCACGCCUCCGUAGUUCCACACUGUCCUCGAGCACCGUAGACACUGUCGUUUCCAAACCCCAUGUUUCAGCACACAUUUCUAGUCCUGCUACUCAACCUAUCACUGUUCCUGAUUCUGCACAUGCUUCUUCCUUGUCGCCCGAGCCUGAACUUCUGGACCGCCAAAGUAAAGAGCUAACAGAAGACUCAAAGAGUACUCCCCCUCGCACACCGCGGGCCUUGUCACACAAUGAAACGGCUCCCGCAGUCGAAGACACUCCCGCUCCUGCAGCACCUCCAAUCCCCAAAGUCGAAAAGAGCAGCCGUUCUAGCUCAAACCAAUCCAACGGCCAACCUACUGUCGGCACAACAAAGGGCCAGCUUUCGGUGAACAUCGUACAGGGAAGAGGUCUCAGACCCAGCACCGCCCCCUAUGUCGUCUGCAUCUACCAGCUGAACGAGGACAUCUCUGGUGGUGCCGAAGCAGACGCCAUGGAUACCAAGACACAAGAACAAGAUGGCAACCAGGACGAAAACCUGGCCAGAGGAGUCGCCAUGAAGAGAAUGGGCAGUGACUCGGGAAAGCCCAUGAGCAUUCCCGGACUGGGAAGCCGCCAGACCAGCCAAACAGACAUUUCCAAACUCAAGGAUGCUGCUUCAGACCACCUCGUUACUGAGCCGUUGUGGAACCACAAGGCUGUCUUCGAUGUAGUCGGUGAUCAAUCCGAGCUUGAUAUCUCCGUGUACGACAAGAAGAAUCAGGAAGCCUUUAUUGGCCAUGUCCGCUUCAGCCCUAACCUUGAGAACUACGACACACCCCACGAGACUUGGUUCAAGUUGAAGCCCAGAGAAGGCGAGACUGACAACGUUUCCGGCGAGAUCCAGCUCAGACUCAGCUUCCAGAAGACCGACAAGAAGACAUAUGGACCCGAGGACUUUGAAAUUUUGAGACUCAUCGGCAAGGGUACUUUUGGACAAGUCUUCCAGGUCCGCAAGAAGGACACACAAAGAAUUUACGCCAUGAAGGUGCUCUCGAAGAAGGUCAUCAUUCAGAAAAAGGAGAUUGCACACACUAUCGGCGAGCGUAACAUCCUUGUUCGUACUGCCACCGCCGAAUCACCUUUCAUCGUUGGCUUGAAGUUCUCUUUCCAGACUCCCGCAGAUCUCUACCUGGUCACCGACUACAUGUCAGGAGGCGAGCUGUUCUGGCAUCUCCAGCGAGAGGGACGUUUCCACGAAGGUCGUGCCAAGUUCUACAUUGCGGAGUUGAUCCUCGCACUGAGACAUCUCCAUCAGCACGACAUCGUCUACCGCGAUCUGAAGCCGGAGAAUAUCCUGCUGGACGCCAACGGUCACAUUGCUCUCUGUGACUUUGGUCUAUCCAAGGCCAACCUUUCGAAGGGCGACACCACAAACACUUUCUGCGGUACCACAGAAUACCUUGCACCUGAGGUCUUACUCGACGAGCAAGGUUACACCAAGAUGGUAGAUUUCUGGUCAUUGGGUGUUUUGGUCUUCGAGAUGUGCUGUGGCUGGUCCCCAUUCUACGCCGAAGACACCCAGCAGAUGUACAAGAACAUUGCUUUCGGCAAGGUUCGUUUCCCCAGAGAUGCUCUUUCGACAGAAGGUCGCAACUUUGUCAAGGGACUGCUGAACCGUAACCCCAACCACCGUCUAGGAGCCAAGGCCGAUGCUGAUGAGCUCAUGGCUCAUGCCUUCUUCGCCGACGUUGAUUGGGAUGCUCUUGGUCGCAAGGCACUUGUUCCGCCGUUCAAGCCCAAGCUCAAGGGUGAAUUGGAUGUCAGCAACUUCGACCCAGAGUUCACAAACGCCCUUUCAAGUGGCAACUCGUCAUCACUCAACGCCCGUGCGGCAGCUCUGGCCAGUGGAGUCAACCCGGCCAGCACACCUCUCAGUCCUACGCUACAGACAGCCUUCAAGGGCUUCACCUUUGUUGAUGAGAGCACUCUGGAUCGCCAGUUCGGCAACGACACGGCGCACUUGCAGCAGGCACAGCAAGAGUCACAAGAGGAUAAUGACGAGCUCAAGAAGACAGCCUCGGGCGGUUCCAAAGGCGAGCGUAUGAGCGGAGUGGUCUCGUCGACAAACGAACCCCAGGGCAUUUUCAACGACGGCAUGGACGUAUAGAGUCCAGUACAAUAAGCCAUGAUCAUAUUCCAGACCUCAAAAUCAACUACUGGGGGAACCUUCCACUAUCAACCCUCCUUUUCGUGUCGACACAUAGUUUUGGGCUUCAUUCUGACGGUGUUUUUCCUGUUUCAUAUUGGUUGGCUGUACGGAACACGAAACAAAUGGGUCAGGGUCAGCCUCUUUCGGUUUGGGGAGUUUCUUCUUUUGCAAAUGGAUACGAGUGUUUAUCUGACCAAGUACAUUGUGAAUGCUCGAUGCGGGAAAUCAUACUCUUUGUUUGCAUUGGGAGGAGUUGUUGCAAAGACGCUGGCGAACCGUCGGCCUCGACAGAAAAGAAGUGGAAAAACAAAGCACACUUGUAUAGAUUGACAAAGAUUUUAUUGUUA